CGUGAAUAAUCGAUCCCGGAACUCAGGCAGGGCAGAGCAAUGUUUUCAUGCCUGCGCUAGUAACUCUGCCAUGGCGCCCGUAAUGUCACUGAUUAAGGAGGGGACUUCGUAGCAUUGCGUUUUUAUUCGCUUAAGUAAAAAGUAUCCUGUACGUUUUGCUACUCCUGGUUUAACUCUAACCACAUUUAUCUUUGAACCCGCCAUGACCGUGGAGCAGAAUGUCCUCCAGCAGCAUUCUCAGAAGCACCAGCAGACGCUACUAAACCAGUUGAGGGAGGUCACAGGCACCACAGAUGUUCAGUUGCUUCAGCAGGCCCUGCAGGUGAGCAAUGGAGACCUGGCCGAGGCUGUGGCCUUUCUGACAGAGAAGAAUGCCAAGGUUCCUCAGCAAGAUGAGUCAACCUACUACCACACAUCCCAGGUGGCCAGUGACAGAUACAUCAGCGUGGGCAGCCAGGCAGACACAAAUGUGAUUGACCUGACUGGGGACGAUAAAGAUGACCUUCAGAGGGCUAUCGCCCUCAGCCUGGAGGAAUCCAACCGGACUUUCAGGGAGACAGGCAUCACUGAUGAGGAGCAGGCCAUCAGCAGAGUUUUGGAGGCCAGCAUAGCAGAGAACAAAGCGAGUCUGAAGCGGACCCACACAGAAGUAUGGAGCGAUUCACCCAACCCACAUGACAGGAAGAGGGUAGACAGCUGCCCUGUAGGGCUGAAAAAUGUUGGCAAUACCUGCUGGUUCAGUGCUGUCAUACAGUCUCUGUUCAACCUGCUGGAGUUUCAGAGGCUGGUGCUCAACUAUUCACCACCAGCCAGAGUCCACGACCUGCCUCGCAACCAAAAGGAACACAGGAACCUGCCCUUCAUGCAGGAGCUGAGGAACCUCUUCUCCCUCAUGGUUGGGUCCAAGAGGAAAUAUGUGGAUCCGUCACGAGCUGUGGAAAUCCUCAAAGACGCCUUCAAGUCCAGCGAGUCACAGCAGCAGGAUGUGAGCGAGUUCACCCACAAGCUGUUGGACUGGCUGGAGGAUGCCUUCCAGAUGAAGGCUGAAGAGGACAGGGAGGGUGAGAAGCCAAAGAACCCCAUGGUGGAGCUCUUCUAUGGCCGCUUCCUUGCUGUGGGUGUCCUUGAAGGUAAAAAAUUUGAAAACACAGAGAUGUUUGGACAGUACCCACUACAAGUGAACGGCUUCAAGGAUCUCCAUGAAUGUCUUGAGGCAGCAAUGAUUGAGGGCGAGAUUGAGUCCCUGCACUCGGCAGAGAACUCUGCCAGGUCCGGACAAGAGCAUUGGUUCACAGAACUCCCUCCUGUGUUGACCUUUGAACUGUCAAGAUUUGAGUUUAACCAAGCACUGGGACGACCUGAGAAGAUCCACAACAAGCUAGAGUUCCCCUCUGUCCUCUACAUGGACAGGUACAUGGAUAGGAACAGAGAAAUAACUCGGAUUAAGAGGGAGGAGAUCAAGAGGCUAAAAGAGCAUCUGACACUGCUUCAACAGCGACUGGAGAGGUAUCUGAGUUAUGGCUCAGGCCCCAAGAGGUUUCCUCUGGCAGAUGUCCUCCAGUAUGCCAUGGAGUUUGCCUCCAGUAAGCCAGUGUGCACCUCCCCAGUGGAAGACAUUGACUCAUCAGGACCUCCCGGUGGCACAAUGGGACAGCAGCUGCCCCCAACAAGCAUGGCUGAGCAGGACUCCUUGUCUCUCCCAGAGAGCUCAUGCCCUGCCUUAGGUCCCACCACAGCUCCCACCGCAGCACAGCAACAGAGAGUAUCCAUUCAUAAGCCCUUUACCCAGUCCCGGUUACCUCCCGACCUGCCCAUGCACCCUGCCCCACGCCACAUCACGGAAGAGGAGUUAAGGGUGCUUGAAGGUUGCUUACAUCGCUGGAGGAGUGAAGUGGAAAAUGACACCCGUGAUCUGCAGGGAAGUAUAACCAGAAUUCACAGAACCAUUGAGCUCAUGUACUCUGACAAAUCUAUGAUGCAGGUCCCAUACCGGCUUCAUGCAGUGCUUGUCCAUGAAGGCCAGGCCAAUGCAGGCCACUACUGGGCUUACAUCUAUGACCCACAUCAGCGUUGCUGGAUGAAGUACAACGACAUCUCUGUCACCAAGUCAUCCUGGGAGGAACUGGUCAGAGACUCGUUUGGAGGCUACCGCAACGCUAGUGCCUACUGUCUCAUGUAUAUCAACGACAAGAAGCCCUUUCUCAUAGAAGGACAGAGAGUGAAAUGGGGAGACAGAGAGAGAGAGUGGGGACUGACAUGCAGCAAAGGGCCACGAGUCGGAUUCGAGCCUGCGGCUGCUGCAGCAAGGCAAUGCCUCUGUACAUGUGGCGCCGGCACUAUCCACUACACUACCAACGCUCCAGAGGAGUUUGAUAAGGAAACGGGACAGAUACUCAGUGGCAUGGACAAACUGCCUCCAGACCUAAAGCAGUACGUAAAGGAGGAUAAUGAGCUGUUUGACAAGGAGAUUGAGGAAUGGGAUGCCCUGCAGGCCUGCAAGGCCCAGCAGGAGAAGCUGGCCCUGGCUACAGCAGCAUCCAGCACCUCCACUUCUUCCUGUUUUUCUCAACCCAUGAGUAUUGAGUCCAGCACUCCAGACAACACAGUACCCCAGCAUGACCCAGAGUACAUGGAGCAGCCAUCACCCACAAAUGACUCCAAGCACCUGCAGGAGGACACCCAGAGGGCCAUCUCCAGGGCUGCUGCUGAACAAGAGGAGAGAAGCCCCGAGGCAUUGUUAAAUGCUGCCAUAAAGCUGGAGUAUGCUCGUCUUCUGAGAUUUGCCCAAGAGGACACACCUCCUGAAAAUGACUACCGAUUACAGCACAUCAUUGUCUACUUCAUCCAAAACCAGGCACCUAAGAAGAUCUUGGAGAGAACUCUGCUCACACAGUUUGCUGACAGGAACCUGGCCUUUGAUGAGAGAUGUAAGAGCAUUAUGAAUGUGGCACGUGCUAAACUGGACUUAAUUAAGCCUGAGGAGGUCAACAUGGAUGAAUAUGAGAUGUGGCACCAGGCCUAUCGGAAUUUCCGUGAGACGACCAUCUUCAUGAUGUCUGGGUUGGAGCUCUUUCAGAAGACAAAUUACAUGGAGGCUCUGAUGUAUCUGAUUUACUCAUACCAGUACAACAAGGAGCUUUUGUCCAAAGGGCUGUACAGGGGGCACGAUGAGCAGCUUCUUGGUCAUUACCGUCGAGAGUGUUUACUGAGUUGCACACAGCUCCUUCUUUGAGCAGCUCUUUGCCCUGCUCUCUCCCUGUUUAUCAGACCACAAAUGAAAGUAUUGCUGCAAGCCUGGAGAGCUGUGAACUACUUGACCAGGAGGACACAAGGCAACAGUUCUGAAAUUGUGGUCGGCGGCUCAAAUCCAGUCCAGUGUGGGGUGUCACAACGUGCUGGUGGCCAGGAACACAGGGUCUAACCUGUGUAAUGGCAGCAAGAGAAAGUUUGCUGAUCCGGGAGGGAGUUGGGGCUGUCUGGUCCCUCCAGAGCUUCAGUCGCUGACUACAGAGCUGCUGCUUGCUCUUCUCCUGGCGAGGUGGUCUUAAACAGCAGGGAGUGAAACACAUGACACUCUGUGAUCUGGGGCUCUCGCUAACAUUUGCUAGAAACGUGAACUUGAGCUUUUGGCCUUUGGCUCUGGUUAGCAGAAGGCUAAACAGUUAGCAUCAUUUACUCUCCAUCUCUGAACACAUAUUGACAUGUUUUAUUUGGUUUGUUGUCAGACUCUCUUUUAAUUCUCUUUCUGAUAAGUCUGGGGUUUUUGUUAUCAUUUCAAGUCAUUCAUUUAUUUGUCACAUGGAAAUAUACAAGGUACAACUUCAGUGAAAUGUGAUUCCAUCAGCUCCCUUAACUUGUGCACUUUGAUUUAGUUCUUUCAGGGCUCCAGACUGCAACCAAAUGGUCGCAUUUUGUCGCACACAAGUAUUUGUUAAAAAUACUUGCUCUUGUGAGACCCGAAAAUUUGCAGGUGUUUUUUUUUUUUUUUUCAUGUUGUAAGACGAGGGAGUGAGUCCGCCAGUGUAGGCCAAUGUGUGUGAGAGGAGGAAAGUCCAGGAGUGAGUGAUGAGAUAACUGCAAGGAUCACGUCAUCUACACUCAUCAGUAGGCUUGUUUGAGAUAAACUGGGCCUCACCUGGAAAGUGCAUGAGAGCAGGCGGCUGCUGUAGGAGGCGGUGACAACAAGCUGUGGUCAAGUCAGAGGCUGAAUCCAAAUGUCCACCCUCUGCAGACCACCUGCAGACUGAGUCCUCGCAGACUUCAAUUGUACGUAGUGUGAUGUAUUUACCCUCAUCACGGAAAGUCUGCGAGGGCAGAGACUGCAAUUGGCUGGUAGACAGCCCUCAAGACCGUUUUACUCGUUGCCGUGGAAACGUUCAACUAUGUGUCAUAUAAGUUGAUGAAUAGUGCCUACUAAUCUGUUCCUGCAGAUAAUAAGAUAUAAAUCCCAUGUAUAGCCUUUUAUGUGACUUAACAAAAUUGUAUUAAUACACCUCUAUAUAAUAGGCUACACGGAAACGGAAAUGUUUGUAAAUAAGGACAGGACUAU